GUUCUAUUAAAUUUAUAAUUUAUCAUAAGUAGAAAAAAGAGUAAUAAAAAUAAAAGAAUAUCUAUUUUUUAAGUAUUUAGUAAAUAUUAACAUAAAAUGUCAAGUUCCUUCUUAAAAAACUUUAAAAAUUUGAUAUAAAAAUAGUAUUAAUGUGAAAUAACUGAAUCAAUUAAGAUGAAGUAGCAUUUAUUUAAAUUUAGAAAGGAGUAUGAAAUUAGGGACCCUGAUGUUAUAUAAAGAUUCCCAAAAAAGGAGUUAAAAAGCUUUAUUAAAAUAGAAUGCCCUAUCAACACAAGUGAUCAAAAUUUGAAAGAAUAGGAAGUAUAGCAAAGUCUCAAGAGAUUAAGAGCAUUAAAUGGAGUAAAAGAAGAUUUAGUAUGCUAAAAUUGUAGCAAAAAAGAAACAUGUAAAGUGAUAAAUUUUGUGCCUGAAAUAAAUGAAAAUUCAGCAAAAACAAGUAUGAGUGAUUUGUUAACUUCUAUGUACUAUUUUGCAGUAGAAUAAGAAAACAAAGGUUAAGUUUAAGUAGAAACAGAUUAGGAUAAAAUUGAAUAAGAUAUAUAGGAUUCUAAAUCAGGAAAGAAUAAAAAAAAUCAAAAAGAGAAAGCUGAUAUUUCAAUUCAAAAAUACAGAGAUUGCUAAAAUGAAUCCUCCUUUUAUAAAAGCUGUUCCAGUGCUAAUAAACUAACUGAUACUAUGCAUUUAUUAUUAGAUGACUUAUAUAACAAUUUAGGUAUAGAAACUAAGAAGUUUGUUAACGAGUACAUUGAAGAAGAAAGAAGAAGGAGAUUUAUGGAAAGAAUAUAUAGUAAGAUAGGUAAUGAUAUCGAAUAAGAUAAUAAAUUGAGAAAAAGAGAAUUUUUUUAGAAAUAUGGAUAAUCUGAAAGUUAAAAUAAUGAUUAAAGCGAUGACGAAGCAUCUGAAAAAGAUCUUCAUCCUUUAUAAAAAAAAAAUUUAAAAUAUAAGAAAUAAAUUUAAACUGAAGACUAAGACAGUCUUAAUGAAAAUGAAGAUGACUCAGGAAAUUUUGUUUAGGUAGCUGGUAAAAAUUAAAGAAGAGACAACAGAUCUUAGGGUAAAAAUGACUUACUAGAAAAGAUAAUGAACACAAACUAGUAAGAAGGAAAAUAGUUCAAUUAAAUGAGAAAGCAAUAUAGGAAUUAAAACAAUCAGUAAGAGGGUGAAACUGAAAAUUAACCAUAUCACAAAUAAAGAAGAGAAGGAAAUUAGAACCAAUAUUAAGACAAUUAAAGAUAAAAUCAACAUAAAUAUUAAGAUUCUUACAAAAACAAAGAAAAUGAUAAAAAGUUGAAUUAUUCUGAUAGAAAAGGCAAAGAAUACCAUUAAGAUAAAAAUAGAUAUCAAGAUAAAGACUAUUAAAAGGAUUUAAAAAAAAGAGACCAAAGUAAUUAUAAACAAUAAUUUGAUAGUAAAAUGUAGUAAAACUUCUAAGAAGUCAAUGAUUAGCUCAAAAAAGGAAAAUAAGAAAAGACUUCAUUUGAUAAGCUUUAGUAAUUAGACGAUAGUAAGCUUUCAAGAUUUAUGUAUAAGGAUUAGAAAGAAUAAAAAGCAAAAAUAGAAUAGGAAAGUCAACUAAAAGCUUAGUUGAAGGAACAAAGAGAGGCUAAAAAAUUUGAGGAUGACUUCAAAUUUGUCCAAGAGCUAGUUCAGGAAUCAGAUGAUAUGCUUGUUAGAGAAGCAGAUAAGAAAAGAUAACCAAAGUUUUCUAAAGGUUCAUUUAAGUUUUCAAAGACAAUCAAAAAAGAGUGA